GGUUCUUUAAGACGAUUAGCAAGCGGUUUGGGACCCAGCCACGAGACAGGCGCGGUGGCUGCCUGCUUCAGCCGUGCAGUACACACCCUCAAUGGUUUCAGUACUGCUAAGUUUGCGAGCGCAACAGCCACAGAAGACGAUCAGCCCGUCCUCUCGGGCGUAGUUCCCAUCACUGGACCACUGAGCGCCGCAUGGGGCCCGACACCUCCUCCAGCUCCGAUCUCAACUUCUGUUGGUGGUCACCCAGUGAUGGUGCACAACGAGAACGGGACAAAACGUGUGGUGGUCACCAAGGAUCUCCCAGGGACGAGGUGGAUUGACAUUCUGACUGCGGCAAACAUCCGCGUGGAGGUCUGCGCGCAUGAGGACUUCAUCCUCAGCCAGAACACCAUAAAGACCCUCAUCAGCGAUGGCUGCAGGCAAUGCCACGGCGUCAUCGGACAGCUCACAGAGGACUGGGACGAGUCCUUAUUUGAGGAGCUGCGUUCAGCGGGCGGCAACAUCUACAGCAACUAUGCAGUGGGAUACAACAAUGUGGAUGUGAAAGCAGCCACAAAGGCGGGCAUCCCAGUCGGCAACACCCCUGGUGUGCUGACAGAGACAACGGCGGAGCUGGCGGUGUCGCUCACGUUUGCAGCGGCCCGGCGCGUGGUGGAGGCUGACAGGUUCAUGCGCAAGGGCCUCUACCUUGGCUGGGCGCCCACCCUCAUGGUUGGACAGCUGCUGCAGCACAAGACGGUGGGGAUCGUCGGAGCGGGGCGCAUCGGGACGGCGUAUGCGCGCAUGAUGGCGGAGGGGCACAAGUGCAACAUCGUGUACUUCGACCCCUACCCCAACAAGUUCCUGGAGCAGUACAUCGCCGACUACAGCGCCCUGCUGGAGUCCAAGGGCGAGGCCCCCGUCACCUGCCGCAAGAUUGACAGUGUUGAGGAGCUGCUCCAGACCGCUGAUGUGGUGAGCCUGCACUGCAGCCUGGACGAGAACACGUACCACCUGCUGAACGAGGACAGACUGAACAUGAUGAAGAAGGACGCCGUGCUGGUCAACUGCGCGCGCGGGCCGGUCAUCGACGAAGUCGCCCUCACCAACUUCCUGCAGGCCAAUGAGAACUUCAGGUGUGGGCUGGAUGUGUACGAGGACGAGCCCAACAUGACUCCCGGGCUGUCGGACUGUGAGAAUGUGGUCAUCGUGCCCCACAUCGCCUCCGCCUCCCUCUGGACCCGCAGCGGCAUGGCGACGCUGGCGGCAGCGAAUGUGGCAAUGAGGCUCCAGAACAAGCCGGUGUGGAACAAGCCAGACAUUCUGGGCUUUGUGGAGGGGCCCCUGGAGGAGAUGCCACAGGCCUCCCCCAGCAUUGUCAAUGCUGAGCAGCUUGGCCUCGACAUCAUGUGAACGGCCAACAAAUAGAUAAAUACCUGAUCUGCCAGAGUGAGCUGUGUCCGCUGUUUCAUUGACUGUCAGCUCUGGUGGUGGAGCAUUUGGUCUGCUGAACUGCAAGUAUUUUCACUGCUCCAGGUAUACAUAAAGAAGUUGCUUCAUCCUGGAGACAUACCUGAAAUACCUUAAAAUCAAAAUAGAUUCUAUGUUUGUAGAUGUAACUUGCCAGGCUGUCUCUGAAGAGCACUGUGAGUGACUCCGUACGAUGUGGCUCUGUGGAAAAGGAGUUCAGACAAUCUUGUAACUGCCUGUAUC